AUGGACUCCAUUUAUAGUCAUCUAUUGGAGGAUCACUAUUCUGGUUUGAAAUGCACUCUAUGCUAUUUCAUCUUCAAGAAGAAAAAGAAAAUGUUGGCCCCUGCAAGAAUCAGCCAUCACUUUCGCACGAAGCAUCCGGAUUUUGUUCAUCCGGACGGCGAGACCGUCAGAAUCGAACUUCCAGUUCCGGUACAAUUAGCGAAAACGAACAAUCUGUGGCCGAAGCGUGAACCGAUCCCGAUCGUGUGCCGAUAUACCAACGAGUUACAGUACAUUAGCGAAUUCAGCGAAGUUCUCAAAAGGUGUCAUGAGGAUUUGCGCAUUGAGCGUCACGGAGCACCAUUUUCAGGAAAAAUUUGCAAAAUUGAGUGGGCGCCAUUCAGAUGCAACGUCUGUAGUAAAAAGGUGAUGAGAGUCGCUGAGUUCACAUCGCACAUUGUGAAAUGUCAGAAAGGCGAGGAUGAAUUAUUUGAAAAGUACGGCUUGAUUGAUAAAAAUAUAGCCAGCAUUCUUGAGAAAGCAAUGCAACACAGAGAUGAGCGAUCAUUCAUUCAUAAAAAUGUCGAAAACAACUCGGAAUUCUGUGUUCUGAUACCGGUUACUAGCGAAAUCGCAUCGUAUGUUUGGAUGGGAUUGAACAUUUAUACUAAUAAAAUUCCAAUCGAUCAGCGCUAUGUUGCGAGUCAAACCAUAACGGUUCGUGUGCCGGAUGCCGUCAUUCAUGCUCAUUGUCGCGACAAAUAUGUGACCAAGGAUUUGGCGCUUGCUCUUGGGUUCGAUGUGAGCCGCUGCUUGCCGAGCCAAGACGAGAUGCUUGAGAGAUUGAAGUCGAGUUGUUCGGCGGAAAGAUACAGAAUUCGCGUUGAGCAGGAGCUUCUUGGAGUCAGACACGUUAGCGCUGCGACACGCCAAUUGAAUUCGGACUUGACUGAUAAAAUGCUCAUUCCGUCAUCGGCGAAGCGUCGUAGCGGUGAGAACACGUUGGCAAGAACCUCAAAUGGACAAUCGCGAGUGUUGUCAGCUAACAGAUCGCGCGAUGUACCAUCUACUAGUCAAGCUCCUCCGGUUUUGGAUGAGGCUAAACAGGCUCUCAUUAAAAAUGAGCUUAGAAAAUUGGCGACAAGUCUCACAGAAAAUGUGACGGAAGUGCGUGGAUCUCGACGAAGGGACUCGAAGGUCUUCAACCGGCCAUUUAUUGCCAGAAGACCCAGUGCACCAAAGAAGAUAACUCCUAUUUCAAAUGGGGUGACGACACAUGAGAACAAUUUGAUUGAAAAGAAGCAGAUCGAGAAAAAAGUUGAGAAGAGUCCUGAGAAGGAAAGUGAAUCCUCGUCGUCUUUGAAAUCUCUGGAAACACCCAAGCCGAAAUUCGUACGAACUCUUCGUGAUUUGCAAAUAGCGAUGACGACUGACGCGAUUUCUCCGAAAGCUCCGGUUCGUCGCAAUGUUCCGGACUAUUUGGAGAAGCCGACGUUUGUGCCGCCCGUCAAAAGAAAGUACACCAAGCGUGAGAAUGGAGAAUCGUCGUCGACUAGAUCUCCUGAAUCUGGACAACUUGGUUUGAAAUCUGGCAAGCCAAUCGGAUCAGAAGGUGUCGAGGAAUCGAAGACCAAUGGAAAACUGCUUAAUGGAGAGAACACGCAUAAACAACAGCCAGCUGCCAAGAAGUCUGUUCGCCAGAUGAAAAGACGAAUGAUAGAAUCAAUCGCUCUGGCUCGAAAUGUGCGUCUUGAGAAAAUCAAACGAAAUAGGUCGUCCUUUCAAGGAAGAGAACUCAGGAAUUUGGAAUCCGAUCUCUCGCCGACGCUUGUUGUGCCGACAUCGAUGCAACGUGAAGUUCGUCCGCCGAAGCCUGCUGAGUCUGUUGUACAGCUUGAUGGGCUUCCACGAACUCGCCGAAGCAACGAGGAUGCUAACAAGGAGGCGUAA